AUGGCGCCUAUGAUCAGCUUCUUGCUCUGUCUUGUGGCCAUGUCGCGUGCUUUUCCUGCCCAAACCAUCAGCAAGCUCCAUGGAGCUCUUCCAACUGCCUGGCAUGGCAGAACUACGCCUUUUAUCGGAACAACCGCGGUCGCUGCUGCAACGAGCAGCACUCUUGUAGCCGUGGAGGACAACCGGAGCAUUGGCGUAAUCAAUGAUCGCAUCAAAGAGAUGCUGCAGCACUUGGAAGAAAAGACUCAGAGUGAUCUGAAUCACGAUGAACUGCUUCGAGCCUGUCAUGCGCUGAUAUUGGCCAUUACAACCAAACCCGAGUUUCAAAACCACAAAUUACUACACGUGGAACAAGCUAUCUUUCAGCAGCAGGGAGAGGGUAGUAAUCAGAAGAUCUCAAGACCUACAACAGCAGACUUGGAGGAAUUGCUACCCUGGCUGGAAUUGGCAUAUUUUGCCCACGAGUACAAUGACGCUGGAUCAAAGUCACAAUUGGAGGCGGCAAUACAGGAAUCGACGGGGAAGGAUCUCUUGCUGCCACAAUCUCACACAAAUGUGUGCCACACUCACCCUUUGACGCAUGCCAACAACCAACAAGAAGAGAGCUUUGGAGCCCACGAGGGUGUACUAGCGUCCAGCAUCAAAUUGUGUCAAGAGCUCCAAGACAUGUUCUGUGAUGACGACAUUCUGCAAAACUACUACAUUCGCAUUACAGGACACAGUCUAGUAGGGGCAGGGGCAGCCAGCGUUUUGGCAUUGUUGCUCCGGGCACAAUACAAGGAAUUGCAUGAACCAGGACGUCUUCAUGCUUUGCAUCAUCCCUCUGCUGUGAAAUCCAAAGACUUUAUCACUUCUGUGGCCAACCGGAAUGACUGCGUUCCGAGAUUGUAUGUUUCCAAUUUCGAGAUCAUGGUCAACAUGUUGGAAGGAUUGAACGAAAAGAUUAUGACACAAGAAGGACUGGACAGCUUUUGGAGCAUUGCCAAAGAAAGCGUUGUGGGGGACGUGAUGGAGCAAUUAUUGACAGAUGAUCAAUUUGAUGCAUUGAUAAACAUUAUGGAAGAAGCCCAGGGAGCAGUAGAGAUUGAAGCCGGGGAGUAUCUCUGCGUCCCAGGCAAAAUCAUUGCCCUUUAUGGGACCAUCAAAGAUCUGCCAGCCAAGGGCGAAGAACCGGAUGUCACUGUACAAUCUGUCUUUUUUGGA